AAAAUGUGUUGUUAAAGCAGUCGCUGGUCUCUCCCAAUCAUCGUAAAUAUGUUCGCCUUCAAGUUUGCCAGAGAUCUUGCCAGCUGCAAGUACAAUAUGCGUUGUAAACGAGUUAGGUACUUCUAUGGUGUGGCGAUUGUUGUGUGUACAGUUUGGACACUGGUCUAUAUUGUACUCAAUGGUACACUGCUUAAUUUGGAAGAGAAAGAUUCAACGAUGGCCGUCGAUAUUGACAUUGCAAACAAUUAUAAACAAAGGGAAAUGGUACCAGUUUCUAAUCAACCAUGUGAAGAAUCUACCAACAUAGCGUUUAUUAAAGUACAUAGUGCUAGUGGUGCGGUCAUUGCCAACAUUUUGCAGAGAUUUGGUGACAGUCGUAAUCUAACUUUCAUUUUGCCCAAAGAGAAGAACACAGAUUCAGCAGGAUGGCCGUACUGUUUCCAUACCAACCAUAUGUUGCCUAGCACCAGUGGCAAUUACAAUAUUCUGUGCAACCAUGCGGUUUAUAAUCGUCGUGAAUUUGAUAAAAUAAUGCCAAAAGACACUGCCUACGUCACUAUAUUACGUAAUCCCCGGCACCACUUUGAGGCUUUGUUCAAUAGCUAUCGAUUUGGUAGAAUGCUUGGGAUACAUGCCAAUGACCCACUUCAUGAGUUUUUGAACAGACCUGACGAAUACGUCAGCUCUGUAACAUCCACAGACAGAUUUCUCCUGCAAAAUCCAAUGGCUUAUGAUUUGGGGUUUGACCCAGAGUUUUUUAAAGACGAAGAUGCGAUAAUGACAUUCAUUAAAGACAUUGAGAAUAAUUUCAAGCUUGUCAUGAUUUCCGACUAUAUGGAAGAGUCCCUGGUCUUAUUAAAACGGCAGAUGUGUUGGACUCUUGAUGAAGUCAUCUACUAUGAAUUAAGCACUGCGAAGAUACAUUCAGAGUAUAGAAGUGAGAUGACGAAUGGUCUAAGAGACAAACUGCGAGAAUGGAACUUUGCAGACCAUGCAUUAUAUCAGCAUUUCAACAAAACAUUUUGGAAACGAGUCCACGCAGAGGGAGAAGAUUUUUCACAAGAGGUUGAGCAUCUGAGAUAUCGGAAUAGACAGAUUUACGAUUUCUGCAUGAUGGAAAAACUCAACCAUAGUAAUAAAUUUACUACAGUGAAACUGCCAUUCGAUAAAACUAUUUGUGAGAAGUUAGACACUUCAGUUCCUGAGUACACAAACAUACUGCGUAAUAAACCAAAUCAGUAUUUAAAAUGGGAGCUAUGA